GACCUUCCCGACGCCGUCGAGGCCGUCGGGGCGGCCUGCUGCGAGCCGCGGCUUCUGGGCCGGCUGGGCGCCGCCAGCCGGCAGCUGCGCGCCUCUGUGGGCUGCCCCGGCUUCGCGCGGCGCCGGGCGGAGGAGAUGCGGGGGCGCGGGGCCGCUUGGGCCGCGGGCGCUCAGUCCCUGGAGCUGCUCGCGCUUGCGCUGGAGGUUCAAAAGCUCUGCGUGAGCCCCACCAAGAACCACGUGUACUUCCCCUAUGGGGGCGGGACCGACCUCAUGGACGUAACCAUGCACGUGCUGGACGGAGCAGCGGCUGUCUGCAGAAGGUACCCGCGCCUGCGCCUCCACGUGGACGCCCACACUGGCACUGGGGCCCCCGCGAUCAUCGCGAGGACCUGCUCGCUCCGCCGCGCGAAGGCGGUGGUCCACGCCCUGGCCUCGAGGGGCGUCGGCGGGGAGCGGCUCAGCAGCACUGCGUGGGGCAAGCGGCUGGCGGCGGUCUGGCCGGAGCCGGACGACGACACCGCGGCACGCGCGGAGGUGUACUUCUGCAUGGACGGCCGAGAGUUCCCGCCGCGCCCGGGGUACUACGGCCUCGUGCCCGACCCGCCCCUGCGCGUGGUGGGCGUGGACCUGGAUGAUCGCGAGGUGCUCGAGGUGCGCGAGGAGCUGGAGGCAGACUUCCGCCGCCGGCUGGCCAACCUGCGGCAGAGCUUCGUCAUGAGGCCUGGCGGGCCUCUGCAGGGCCUGUUCCGCCGGCUGCCCGCCGCGCGCGGCUCCGCGGGGGGCGGCCCGCACGCGGCCGCCCCGGCCGCGCUGCCCGGCAGGCCCCCAGGAGCUCCACCAGAAGCGGCGCCCGCGGAACUCGAC